UUUGAGAAGUACCUGUGAAGUUCCGUUGAAUAUAUUCAGCAACUAGAUAUGCUAGUGGUAUUAUCAGAGUGUCCUUAUCGUGUAGGUGCUCGAGUCUGUGUUUUAUUGGAGUUCAAAGUAGGACACGACUAUGACAAGACGAGCCAAUGACAAAUGUUAAGACUAUGUAUAAUACGCCUCCACACUUUUGACAUAUGAAUAUCCGGUCGUAGUGACCAACUGUCACUGGAGAAUGUUAGUCUGUGGUCUUCGUAAGGCUUGAACCGAGGAGAUGAGUUGGCUAAGGAGUAGUCCGCUAAGGACUAGCUUCAGUAAGCAGCGUUCUAGAGAUUCUCCACCAAAGGAUGCUGAUCCUACAGCUUGCUAUGACAGUUUCCGUAAACACUGGCAACAAACCUAUGAAAUCAUUUUACAUACACAGCCACCUACUGGAAUACCAUGUCAGGAUGAUGUUCUUGGAGUUGUCAAUCAUGUAGAUCAGAUGGUAACACUGUUACUUCUAGAACUGCGCAGUGCAACCUCUUCUGAUCAUCAAAGAAACUCUGCUUCUCCAACACAUUCACCAUGUUUGGAGCAUUUACUAAGCGAGAACUUAUUAGAUAAACUUUAUGAAUGGAGUCUGCAUACAGGAAGGUUCAGCAAUGCUGUGCGGUUGGAACAGCUGAAGCUUUACGAACUUCUGGUGUCACACAGUGGAACUCUCCUAGCACAUGAGCCUGUAGCAAGACCUCUUCUAAGACUUCUAGAAGAAUGUGCAGACGAUAUAAUGCCAGUAGAAGUGGAGAAGAAACUUGUGGUUCUAUUAAAUCAACUGUGUGUGGCUCUCAUGCAGAACAUGGCACUCUUGGAUCUGUUCUUCCACCCUGAGGAGUCUGCGAAGAGCAAAUUCAUCAUCUUCACUCUACUUAUUCCACACAUUCAUCGAGAAGGUGGUGUUGGUCAGCAAGCUCGUGAUGCUAUGCUGCUUUGCAUGUCUCUCUCUAAGAGGCAUGACGAAGUGGGUCUAUAUAUUGCAGAGCAUUCUAAUGUGUGUCCGGUUUUAGCUACAGGAUUAAGUGCUCUGUAUUCUCUGCUACCAAGAAAGCUUGAUAUUGAGACCGAUGAUUGGCAUCGACUGACUCCAGACGAUGUAAACGAUAUGUCGGCGUUGACUCAGAUAAUCAAUUCCCUAGAAUUCUGCAAUGCUGUAGCUCAGGUAGCACAUCCUCUGGUACAAAAACAGUUGCUGGAGUUCUUGUAUCAAGGAUUUCUUGUGCCAGUGAUGGGACCAGCAUUGUUGCAGGAUUCUCUCGGCUUGAGCCUAGAACAGCUAGAUGCACCGCAAAACUGGACAACUGUGGAGGAGCUAGUGGCGGCGACAGCUUACUUCGACCUGUUCUUAAGAUCUGUUACGGAACCAGGUCUUCUGCGAUCCCUGGUCAGAUUUUUACUCGAAGAUAAUUAUGACGAGUGUCGUAUACUGGAUAGUCUCAUCCAGAGGAUAUCGUCCGUGUCGCGGGUCUGUAUAGUGACUCUGGCCCUCUUUGAGACCUUAGUUGAUCUGAACUGUGAGGACGUCAUGUUGGAACUAUGCUUUGGAGCACUGAGUCCAUGCUCCCAUGUAAUGCUCUCUCAGCGAAGGAGGCUCAGAGAUGUGGACCCCUUUGGUAGAGCAGCUGAGAAGUUUCUGUCUUUGACACCCACCUGUUGUACACCUUUAUCCAGUUUAUCGACACCGCCAAGUUCCUUGCCCUAUAUGCCUUCCUCUUCUACCUCUCGCAGAAGAAGCUCAAAUUCCACCACUGAUGGUUUUAAGUCCUUGCCGAUGACGCCAAUUAAUUAUGGCGCUAAAUUAUCAGAGAGUCUUUAUGGAAAUUAUCAUGCCUACCUUUGUGAUGCCAGACAGAAGAUUGCCAGUUGCCAAACGGCCUGCUCUAACUGGUCCUGUCAGUACGACGGAGAACCACCAGCCAAAGAAAGUAACGCCAGCAGUGCCACCACCCUGGCUGAUGAGAAUACAUUGGUGGAGCAGUCAGUCAAGAGGAUAGAGAGUAGCACAAUGCUUUCCAAGGACGCGUUCAAAGAUACGAUAGUUUUGAACGACGUUCUCAAAGAUCCAUCGAUGCAAAACAUUCUGGAAAAUAUUCAAUCUUUAUUAGAGGAUGAUGAUUUGAAUGUGACUAGUAGCAAUGAUAAGGAAGAGAUUGUAACAAAGGUGGUUGCUGCUACUCUCACGCCAGAGGAGCAGGCAAAACUGGAUGCAGAUAUUGCUGAGUUGCUUAGCGAGGAUAUUGGAAUAUCGGAACCUGUUGGAGAGACUAUAAUUUCGGAUAAAAAGGAAUCAGACAGUGGGAUAGAUGAGACGAACACAGCAAUGAAUUCUUUGCUGUCUUUGGGAGAAAGCAGCGGAUAUGAAAGUUUUGCAUUCAAAGGUUCUUCAGAGUCUACGCCAGAUAACGAACCUAGCGAAGAUAGAAUAUGUGAACACGAGGAAACGGAAAUGGAACCCUCUGCAGAAGCUUGCGUACAAUUACAUGGGAUUACGGAAUCAAAUUAUAUAAAUACAGAUGGAUCGAUAUCAAGUAAAAUCAUUAAAGAGAGUUCGUACCAUCAAGAUAUUUUUCAUGGUCAACCCAACGUGGGUAUCUUUUUGGAUGUUGUUCUGAGAAAGUUGGAGUGCAUGAUGAGCAAUAACAUUUAUGUUAACUUACAUUUAACUGGACUGCUUAGCAGACUUGCAAUAUACCCUCAGCCAUUGUUACAGUCCUUUCUCUUGAAUCAUUCGUUGGUAUUUCAACCCAGCAUCAGAUCACUCUUUCAGGUUCUGGCUUCCUUGAAACACAAGAUUGAUCAGUUCCUCUCACGUCAUGAUGACGUUGAGAUUCUGGUUGAGCAAGCAAGAUCUUUCCUUAUCAGUCGUGAAGACAGACUGGUUAAUGCUAGAAAAAAUGCGCUAGAAGCAGCCGCUCAGGUUGCACCAAAUCGACGUAGCUUCACGGCCAGUGAACCAUUUUCUAGAGUAUUUAGACGAUGUGAACCAAAAAGAAGGAGUUUGACGUCAUCCCUAUCACAAAUGUUCAGAAGAACAGGCGGCCAUCAUUCAGGACCGAAUAGUCUAACAGGAUCAAUUAGUCAAUCGUCUAGCAUAUCGGAAGAUCAAUUGGAAGUCAUCGGAGAUGGAACAGGAUAUAGAUAUUACACGAGGACAUCGUGGGAGUCGCCGAGUGAAGUGAGCCCUGUACAAAAUGUCGUAUUAUGUGCGGUAGUUCUCGAUGAGUGGCUCAAGGAAUUAGCAGCCAUCACGCAAGAGCACGCUAUAGCUUCACUAACAAGCACACCGGAAUUCAAGGUUUGAAGGGAACGUGUCUAAACAAUCUAACGGAGCAGCUAAUGUCACGUUAGUAAAUUAAGUAAACGUUUCCCUCCUGAACAGGGUUGUAGAUUACCAGUAUGUGAUACAUCGUGUAGGCUUAGAACAAGUUGAAGUAACAUGUCUAACGGUAAUGAGAUAGAUUAUAUGAGCCCAUUAACAAUUGCAAAUGCCAGUUUCACGCAAGAGUUAGAAAGCGUAUUUAAAUAUUUCAUUUUUAAGUCUAUAAACUUCAUAGCACACGGUUCAAGAUACUUCAGUUAAAUGAGUUUAGCUUAGGUACCCGUUAAAAUACAAAAGAUGAAAGCCGAAGGAAAGAAGAAAAAAAUAUAUCGACUUGUCACAUAGCAACGCGUAGACAUUACGUUAUGCAGGAAGCAACGUGAGACCUCUUCAACGUAAUUACCAGCUAAUAGAAUUUAUUUAAAAACUCUAAGAUUCCGCGUGUCUUGCUGAGUGUUGCCUCUUAAAAAUGUAUUAUGUAACAUUAGAUAUUUCUGUAUCAACUGAUUUAUCGCAUACUGCCUGGAGUAUUAUUGAUCAAUGAUAGAUUGAUUUGGAUUUCAUUAGAGACAUCAGAAUUAGACGUGGAGUAUUGUGCCAAUUAUUAACAGUCACUGAUUCUAUUCAGGAGGAAUCACUUUGAAGACGCAGCUGUAUACCGAUCUUUAUCAAUUAAGCCUUAAUUAUUAUUAACAGUUGAGCAAUUUACAGAUCGACCUUCAACUAGAGUCACAACCAAGGCUCCAUUUUACAAGUACCAUUUUGUUAUCAGUGAUGCAUUGUAAGUGCAGUCGUCCCCGAUGGCUACCCAUGUAAAUAGACGUCUAUGAUGUAACUUUCAUCAGUUUCAAACGCCAAUACAAUUGAUUUUUUUGCCUUAUAUAAAAUAACCCGAAUUUUUAGAUAUGGCUUAGGCCGCGCUUCUUAUAAUUUAAGUAUUUGUACUUAGUUGGGCGAGCCAUGUGAAUUAGUACGUCUGAUACAUGUAAGUAGAAUCAAGUCUUGGCGUGAAGAAGGUAGAUAGUUGGAAUAAAAAUAGUGAGAGUCGCAAAGAGGUACCUAUAUAUAUAUUGUCGCACAUUAGAUUAUAGCAGCGUGAACACAUUCAAGGAAUGCGAAUUAAUUUAAAAAUUAAAAUGAAAUAGUACCAGCAAGGUUAUCAGCCAAGUUUUAAACUGCAUUAUCAUUUUUACGUCUAUUCAGUCACUUCCAAUAUUUACCAGAGAAUCGUUUGCUACGGAGAGUCAAACAACUUGCAUAUCCCUAAGUGUUAACGAUUUAUCUGCAUAAUGCGAAACGGAUCUUAUAAUAAAUUGCGCGUCCUGACAAUUAAGCUCAAAAUGAUAUAAAAAAUUAAAUCUUCGUGUCCCGCGGAGAAUUAAUAUGUCUUUUCCAAGAUGUGCGCGCAUAAUGCUGUGCAAUUUCGAUGGGAAUAUCUAUUGGACAUUUUACGUGUAUCGCGCGACGUGCUCGAUAUUUGAGUAAAAUUUUGCACAAUCAAGCUCAAUUCAAAUUGUACGGAAUACACGUAGAUGUUCGAGCGAUAGCGACAUUAGUGCAAUUUUUUAGUAAUACUUGUGUAUUUGCGUAACGCGGUCAGGAUUGAUGUGUGACCAUUGUGCCCGUGUAUAUACGGUGAAAAUGGAUUAAGGACGUUUUCUAUUCAAUUCACUUCACCUUUGAAUAACGUCAAAAUGAUAUUUUUGGAACGCUUUAUCUUUCGCAUUUUAGUAUACAUAUAAUAUGUCCCAAUGUGAUAUUAAAGUUGCAUAUUUUUAGAGCUACCUGAUAGAGCCAUUUACGUUUUCUCAACCGGGUUAUGUUUCAAUCGUCUUUUCAUCUGUAUUAUACUUCUUUUAUAAUAUUUUACUAAUAAUCAUCAGUCUUUCAUUCUAUCGCAAAGCAACAACUCGCAUAACUUUUACUAUGCGCACACUAUUUUUCUCGCAAAGUACAUUUAACAAGAAUUCAAUGACUUUAUGCCUUCUCUUGCAUUAAUUAUUACCGUAUGUAUAUUGUUUUAUCUCUAUUUUUCUUUUGUAAUGCGAGAACGAGAAGCAGUAGAAAGAUUCUACAUAUAUGAAAACCGAGCCAGGCAAGAGUAGUGUUAUGUGCAAUUUUGCGAAAUAAAAAAAAGUAACGAAAGAAAAAAAUCAUAUAAAUAAUAAUUCGCGUUCUGUACAUUACGUGUAUUAUAUAAUAGAAAAUAUAUUAUUAUGUUGUCUGAAAGACGUUUAAGAAUAAAGUGCAACAAUUGCCCAAGUUUAAUA